AUUUUCUUUUAAUCCAUGUCUUUUAUACGUGUAUUUCGAUUUUAUGCAUCAAGAAAUGCACACUGUAACUAUACAAACAAGACCCUUGUCGGGGCUCACAAUCUUCAAUACAGAAUAAUCUCACGGCGUAACUCAUUUCUUUUCAGGUCUUUUAGUCAAGUUACUAUGCAUCCCCUUGACGAUUCUUCAGUUGAAAAUUUCUCUAUUCCCGGUGCUCAAGUAUUUGAUAGAUACUUUGAGUGUCCCUUGGACUAUGAUAAUGAUAAAAGCCCUAAGCUCAAGAUCUUUGUGCGUCACUUGGUUCCUAUAGAAAAAGCUUCUCUUAUGAAGAAAAUGCCUUUCUUUCUCUAUCUUCAGGGUGGACCAGGUUUCGAAUGUGCUUUGCCUAGUAGUGGCACAAGUGGAUGGAUUAAAGUAGCAUUCGAAAAAGGCUUUCAAGUUCUUUUACUUGAUCAACGCGGUACAGGCUUCUCAUCACAAAUUUCUUCUGAGUCCCUUGAUAAACUGUUCAAAUCAGAUGAAGAAAAAGCCGAGUAUUUGACUCAUUUCCGUGCAGAUAAUAUCGUACGAGACUGUGAGCAUAUUCGCAAGUUAUUGACAGCUGAACGGUCUGCAGAAGAAGAAAGUCGCAUUACUUUAUUAGGCCAAAGUUUUGGAGGUUUUUGUAUUACGACUUAUUUAUCUUUAUUCCCUGAAUCCAUUCGACAUGCUUAUAUUACAGGUGGUGUUCCUCCUCUUGUCAAUAAUCCAGAUCAAGUCUACCGAGCAUUGUAUCCUCGUAUUGCUAAAAAGAACAAGCUUUAUUAUCAAAAGUUUCCUCGCGAUAUGGCUCGGGUUCGUCAAAUUGUCGAGCAUUUGACACAGAACAAGGUCGGUUUGCCUAAUGGAGGUUAUCUUUCUGUUCGUCGUUUCUUGCAGUUAGGUUUAAGCUUUGGUGGUUCAGGCGGAUAUGAUGCUGUGCAUGGUAUUGUUCAAUCUGCUGCAGAAGACUUGGACCGUCUUGGUCAACUUAGUUAUCGUACACUGAAUGCUGUUCAAACCACACAGAGUUGGGAUACCAAUGUGAUUUAUGCUGUUUUGCAUGAAGCCAUCUAUUGUCAAGCAAAUCAAUCCAGUCGCUGGUCUGCUGAAAGACUAUUGAAAGAAGAGCCUUUUGCUAGUCAAUUUGAACAUCGUCUUGAUUGUCUGUCCAAGGAUCAAGUCAUGUACUUUACGGGUGAAACUAUCUAUCCUUUCAUGUUUGAUGAUUAUGCAGAGCUGCGUCCUCUUAAACAAGUAGCCCAUUUGUUGGCUGAAAAGCGAUGGGGUGCUUUGUACGAUACAAAUGCCUUGAAUCAAUUGAAAGGACCCCAAGUAGCAGGCGUUAGUUACUUUGAUGACAUGUAAGCCAUUCAAACACAAUGACAAAAUUAACCUUAUUUUGGGUAGGUAUGUGGAUAGAGAACUCUCGGAACAAACAGCAAGUGAAAUCAAAGGCUUUCAACAAUGGAUCACAAAUGAAUAUGCUCACAAUGGCCUUCGUGUUGAUGGUGAAAGAAUCCUCAAUUAUCUGAUGAGACUUGCUAGAGGCGAUGAAAGCUUCAAUCGAUAAAAAAAAAUUAAACCUUCCUUUUGUCCAAUUCUUUUUGCGUAUGGUGUAUGUCUGCGUGUGUGUGUGUGUGUGUGUGUGUGUG